AUGACCGCAAACCCCGUUGAUUCAGGCAGUAUUGCCACCCUUAUCGAACAGCUCAAUAGCCUCAGCUCGAAACUUGAGCUGGCUAAUGACCAAUCCAUCAGAGCUGAAGCUAUACGAUUAAGCAGAAAACUCACCAUGAGUCUAGAGCGGCCAGAAGAUGUUGCUACCGAAAUGAUCAUUUCCCCUCUUGUUCCAAUUGCUGCGAGAAUCGUUGUCGAUAUGAACAUUUUGGAUCAUAUUGUGAAGCAUAAUAGAGCAAUCACUUCUGAAGAACUCGCUUCGCUCUCUGGUGGAGAAGCGUUACUUAUAACUCGACUACUUCGGGUUCUGGCCUCGGUGAAUCUUUUGGACGAAGUUGGCGAAGAAACAUGGCAAGCUACUCCAAUAACCAAGGCCAUGGCCAGUAAGGGAAUCUCUGCUGGAAUUCGAAUGGUUGGUGACAUGGUAAUGGGAGCCGCCAGCAAGGCGCCGAAAUACCUCAAAGAAGCUGGUUAUAGAUGUCCGACGGAUCCGAAUGACGGAUUUAUGCAAUAUGCCUUUCAAACGAAAUUGACAACCUUCCAACUUUUCAACUCGAUCCCUCAAGUUCAGAAGGACUUUAAUAAUUUCAUGGGAAGUACAUUGGGAUCGAGAAAGAUAUGGCUUGACUGGUACCCAAUCCAAGAGUUGAUCGAUGGCGCGGUACCAGAUUCGGCCUUACUUGUAGACAUUGGCGGUGGUAAAGGCCAUGAUCUUAUCGCCUUCCACGAGAGAUAUCCCCAUAAGGGUCGAUUGGUACUUCAAGACUUUGUGAUCGAUACGAUUGAAGAACUUGAUCCUGCGAUUGACCCGAUGUACUACGACUUCUUCGCUGAACAACCCAUUAAAGGUGCAAGGGCAUACUACUACCAUCACAUAUUACAUGACUGGUCUGAUUAUAAAUGCUUGGAAAUAUUGAAGCAUGUAAGAGACGCCAUGAAGCCCGGGUAUUCGAAACUACUCCUUCACGAAAUGAUCAUACCAGAAACUGGAGCUUCCCCACUCUACGCUAUGCUUGACAUGACGAUGAUGUGUUUCAACGCAGGCAUGGAACGUACUGAGCGACAAUGGCGCGAAUUGUUGGAGACGGCCGGCUUCGAAGUUGUUAAAGUCUGGCCAUCCCCGGAAGUGGGUGGCGACGGUAUGGUAGAGGCAAUCGUCAAAGAAUGA